AGGAAUCCCCAAUAUGCUGCAUUUGCAAAUCAGAGGGUGCACUGCAGAUGACACUAACAGAGAAAUCAUGUGAUCAUGUAGGCUAGUCGUAGUAAUGUCAUGCCACUGAUAUUUAACAUCACAUUUGAGAACUGGGUAUUGCGACACGUCAACGGUGGACAUUACGUCAUCGCUAGUAAUAGUGAGUUAAAUGUUGAGUGCUCUUCACUGCGCCGCGUGCGUUGCGUCAGUGACAGACAGCUGAUCCUCGCGCGGACGUUUCUCAGCAAGACCACUGGCAACUAGAGCUCGCGACUCCGUCUGUAUAAGGUUCAAGACUAUAAUUCCAUUGACAACUGACAACUAAUCAGACAUGGGCAAGGGAUUUAGAGGUACAGUCACAGAUCAGCCUGACUUUGAUUCAAGCAGUGAUGCAGAGGCCCUCUAUAAUGCCAUGAAAGGCUUUGGAAGUGACAAGGAGGCCAUCUUAGAUCUGAUUACCUCACGCAGUAAUGCUCAGAGGCAGGAGAUACGCACUGCCUACAAAUCUCUCUAUGGGAAGGAUUUAAUUGAUGAUCUGAAGUACGAGCUGACGGGGAAGUUUGAACGUCUGAUCAUCGGUUUAAUGAGAACUCCAGCCUAUCAUGAUGCCAAAGAAAUAAAGGAUGCCAUUAAGGGAGAAGGAACAGAUGAAAAAUGCUUGAUUGAAAUUCUUGCCUCAAGAACCAAUGAGCAGAUUCAUAACCUGGUGGCAGCAUACAGAGAUGCAUAUGGCAGGGAGCUUGAAGAGGAUGUUAUAGGGGACACAUCUGGACAUUUUAAGAAGAUGCUGGUUGUUUUGCUUCAGGGGACCAGAGAGGAAGAUGAUGUUGUUAGUGAAGACCUUGUGGAGCAAGAUGCUCAGGACCUGUAUGAAGCAGGGGAGGCACAAUGGGGCACAGACGAGGCCAAAUUCAUCAUGUUGCUGGGAAACCGUAGUGUGACCCAUUUGCAGUUGGUAUUUGAUGAAUACCAAAAAAUUGCAGAGAAAUCCAUUGAAGACAGUAUUAAAAGCGAGCUAUCUGGAGAUUUUGAAAGAUUGAUGCUGGCAGUUGUUCAGUGCAUCAGGAGUAAGCCCAUGUUCUUCGCCAAGCGUCUUUACAAGUCCAUGAAGGGUCUGGGCACUGCUGAUAACACUCUUAUUCGCAUUAUGGUCUCUCGCGCUGAGAUUGACAUGCUGGAUAUCAGAGAGUGCUUUAGGCUGUGUUAUGAGAAAUCUCUGCACAAUAUGAUUCAGGAUGACACGUCUGGGGAUUACAAACGCACCCUGCUGAAGCUGUGUGGAGGAGAUGAUGAUAUUGCAGGGGAGUUCUUCCCAGAGGCUGCACAAAUUGCCUACAAGAUGUGGGAAAUCAGUUCCAUGACCAAAGUCCAGUUAAGAGGAACUUUACAACCAUACCCAAAUUUUGACCCUGCGAGUGAUGCCCAAGCUCUGAGAAAAGCAAUGAAGGGUUUUGGCACUGAUGAAGACACAAUUAUUGACAUUGUGACACAAAGGAGCAAUGCACAGAGACAAGAGAUCAGAAAGGUUUUCAAAUCUCUUUUGGGACGGAAUCUCAUGGCUGACCUCAAAUCAGAACUGUCCAAAAACCUUGAAAGGCUCAUCCUGGGCCUGAUGAUGACGCCAGCAGAGUUUGAUGCCAAAAUGAUGAAGAAAGCCAUUGAGGGCGCAGGUACAGAUGAACAUGCAUUGAUUGAGAUCCUGGUCACUAGGAGCAACCAGGAGAUUCAGGACAUGUGCUCUGCCUAUCAGCAUGCCUUCAAAAACAGUUUAGAAGAUGCCAUCGCAUCAGACACAUCUGGACAUUUCAAACGGAUUCUGAUCUCCCUGGCACAGGGAGCACGCGAAGAAGGACCUGCAGACAUGGGCAGGGCCUUGGAAGAUGCCCAAGCAUUGGCAGAUGCCUGCAAUGCAGACUCGGGUGACAUGGAAGACACGUUCAUGAGUAUUCUAUGCACGAGGAGUUUCCCUCACCUAAGGAAAGUGUUUCAGGAAUUUGUCAGAUGCAGCAACAAGGACAUUGAACAGAUCAUAAAGAAGGAAAUGUCAGGAGAUGUUAAAAAUGCCAUGUUUGCUAUUGUGCGGAGCGUGAAGAAUCAGCCCUCUUAUUUUGCUGACCGAUUGUACAAAGCCAUUAAGGGUCUGGGAACAGACGACAGGGCUCUCAUCCGUAUCAUGGUGUCCCGCUCUGAGGUUGACCUCUUCAACAUACGCAAAGAGUUAAAGGAGACCCAUGACACCUCUUUGCAUGAAUUCAUCCAGGUAGAAACCUUGGUUGGUGACACAUCAGGAGACUAUCGUAAAACGCUUCUGAUACUCUGCGGAGGGGAGGACUAGAACAUUUUCCUGUUGUCCUGGUAAAGGAUAUUGAUGCCUAGCAACCAGUGCGCUGUGUUCCAGUCCUAUGUUUGUAAGGUGCUUGUCAAUAUACAACCUAUGUGCCCUUUUUACCGCCAUGCCUAUGUCAAAGCUAGUGAUGACCUACUAUGCCACACCUUGUUCAAAUGUUCCAUUUUCUGCAAUCAUGCACGAUAUGGAAAAAUAUAUAUAUAUUUUUUUUAAAGUUCAAAGCACUAAGCAUUUACUAUUAGUGCUUUACUUGUAAUCCAGCCAUACAGUGUUCAAAUUGAUCACCCCAGAAAUAAAGGAAAUGACCCGG